AUGGAGCUCCAGUUCCAGCAGCCACCACAAAGCCAUCCCCAGCAGCAGUACAGCAGCUACCACCAGCCGCCAGCAGCCACAAAGGAAACCAAGCCAAGAACGAGAACCAAGUGCGCCAGCACCGGCGGCGGUGGUGGCGGUGGCGGCAGUGGCGGCAGCAAGUUUGUGGGCGUCCGGCAGAGGCCAUCAGGGAGGUGGGUGGCCGAGAUCAAGGACACCACCCAGAAGAUCCGGAUGUGGCUCGGCACGUUCGAGACCGCCGAGGAGGCCGCGCGGGCCUACGACGAGGCUGCCUGCCUCCUCCGGGGUGCCAACACGCGCACCAACUUCGCCGCCGCCGGCGCGCACGCCUCGCUGCCGGACUCGCCGCUCGCGGCGAGGAUCCGUGGCAUCCUCAACCACAAGAGGAUGAAGAAGAACAACGCGGCGUCCCAGCAGCAGCACACCGUUAACUUCUUCCCUGCAGCAGCGGCGUACCGUCGUGCUGCUUGCGACGUCGCCAGAGCCACCGCAGCCAGCACCACUAGCACCAGCACCAUCACCACGACCACUAGUAGCAUCAGUCCAAGUAGCAGUCCUAGCUCCAGCAUCGUCAGCUUCGCCAUGAGCAGCCAUGGCGUCCGCACUCCCAUCCUCCCUGCUCAAAGCAUGGCUGAGGAAGCUUAUAGGCCAUACUUGGUCAACGGAGGCGGCGAGGAGUUCCAGCUAGCCGCACAACAGUAUGAACGAUCAUGGGCACUCAACACCACCAGCAUAACACCUUCGGAUGGCUGCGACAUGGCUAAUAAGAAUGCUUGCUUGGUGGUCGCAGAGGUGGACAAGAUUAAGCUGGAGAAGAAGAGCUCUGCGUCACCCCACGGCGGCAUGGACAGAGCUCAGGACAAGGAUCUUUUUGACGCAGGAAAUGAUGCAUCUGACUCCUUGUGGGAUCUGCCACCUAUUUGCCCGCUUUCUUGA